GAAAAAGUACUGUGCUUCUCAAAAUAAAAAAGUCAAUUUGAGAAGAAUUUACAUAUUUUAAAAGUAAAAGUUAAACCAGUUGACAACUUUUUUUUGCACUUCUCUGAUCUAACCAGUCUGGAUCAAAUAAGAAUCCACACAGACGUGUUUACCAAGCAAAAUUUAAAAAAUAAAAUAAAAAUAGGAAAAGAGGCAUUACUUAUAGGCUUUGUAAACAAAUAAAUGAUUUAGCAAAUCUGGAAAAGAAAUACAUUUUAUACAAACUAAUUAAGUGUUGAGGUUGUAAUUGUAAACACUUUUAAAUUUGCAUAGAAAUAAAAAAUAAACCAGUAAUAAAGGAAAAGAAAUAAAAUGGUAUUGUCCUGGUGAGCUGUUGUUAAUAAAGUUUGAAUGUGUGCAAAAGCAUAGUUUUCUCCAAUUUCAUUGUCCAAGUGGACAGUGACAGGAAAACUUACUUUUUCAAACAUCUUAUUAAAGACUUGGACACAGGCUUCAUUCUCUAUGGUAUCUUUACAACAUUCACAUUUAAUUGGUUUGUAAAACAUUAAAGUGGCAAGCUAUUUAAAGUAUAUAAGUAAACAAAACAUUAAAUCAAAGAUAUAGAUUAUAUAAUAUUCAAAGAAUACAGAGAAAGAAAUGGCUAAUAACAAAUAAUACCCACAAACAUAUGCACUAAUAUGUGCACACACAACUGGAACUAAAAUAUAAUAGUUUUUAAAAUUAUUGUUAAUUUUGUACAAACAAUGAAUAAGUUAAAGGAAUAAACCAAAUUCAACAAUUGAGUAAAUAAUUCGGUCAUACUGUGGAGUUAUAUAUGGAAAAGAACAAUACAUGUAUUUUUUUGAGUACCGUUUAAGUUAUUUUUUGUCUAAUAUUGUUGAAAAAACGUGGGCACAUAUAUUAAUUUACAAACAGUAAAUAUAAAAUACAAAAUAUUCAAAUUUUGCUUAGAAAAUUUGUAAACCUUGUAAAGCGAAAACCUUUUUUUAUGUGUGUUGUCAGUAAAAACAGUUACGUAGUUUCAGGAAGAAGAAACUGACGGGAUUGGCUGGUUAAGCAAACUCACCUAUCCAGUCUGUAGUUUGAACUGCAGCAAAGCAAAACAAAACACAGAGUGAAUUUUCCUGUCAAAAAAGUUGAAGAUGGGAGCCACAGCCAGUCAACUUGAUACAGGGAAGCUAUCCGAAUAUGAAGAGCUAACCUUCCUUACAAAACAAGAAAUUCUUCUUGCUUACAAGAGAUUUGACAAACUGGUGCCGAAGGAGGAAAAAAAUCGUAUAGAUUACAGAGUUCGCAUGGAGGACAUCCUGGAGCUGCCUGAACUCAAGUUCAACCCUUUUAAAGAGAGAAUCUGCAAGGUGUUCUCCACAUCUGACAAAAAGGAUGGAAGCCUCGACUUUGACGACUUCCUUGAUUUUUUAAGUGCAUUCAGUGAAUCAGCAACUCUGGAAAUCAAAUCUCACUAUGCAUUCCAUAUAUUUGACUUUGAGGAUGAUGGGACCCUUGGUCGUCAGGAUCUGAAGCAACUGGUUAACUGCUUGACUGGUAAGGCAGAUAAGACAAGCCUAACUGCUGAUGAAAUGAAACAGCUCAUCAACAAUAUUCUCGCAGAGUCAGACAUUGACAAGGAUGGAACUGUGAACCUCUCUGAGUUUCAGCAUGUCAUUUCAAGAUCACCAGAUUUUGUCAGCUCAUUCAAGAUUGUACUGUAAAGCUCUUGACUGGACACUGCUUUAAACAUUCAGAAGUGUUCCAGGGGUCACACAACCACACCAACAAUGCGCCCUGAAAAACUCCACACGCUGGGGUUCAUCUAAACUUCUAAAUGAUUGGUGUCCAAACUGGCCAUAUUCACAUGAAAACAAAGAGUAAAAAAAAUUAGACGUUUACAUCAAGUCAGCACAAUAUAAUUUUGUACUUAAAUUCAUUCAACUUCUAAUCCGUUUUGUCCCUUUCGGGUUCACGGGGUUUAUUCAUACAGCUCAAUAAUACAACACAGUUGUCUCAAUGCGCUUCCUCAAUGGGCUUCACACCGGCAAUUGUACAAAACCUACUGGGUUCUCACAUUCAUACAUAGAUAAGUGAAGAACAGCUGCUUUCAGGAAGAGUCUGUGCUGCCAGCACCGCCCCAGGCUGACACAGAAUGUCUGUUCAAUUUGAUGAUUGGUCUCAAGGUUUAAAUUUGGUUAAACGUACCCCACCCAAGUAUAAAGACAGGGAUGGACAGUCAAGAAAAAGAUAGCAUAUUCGCCAGAGAUUUAUUUUUCUAAGAAUAAAAAUUAAACCUUUUUCUUUAGGCAAAAAAAACCCCCACAUUUAAUCCAAAGACUGAUUUUUUUUUAUUGAGCAAUCAGGAAACUGUUAGAAUCAAUUUUACUAUACAAAUGCAAGCUUUUUUAAAAUUUUGUUUGAAAGAAACAUUUGAAUGUAAAAAAAAAAACAGUUUUAAAAGGAAAUAA